AUGAGCACAGUGACGGACGCCUAUCCGGAGUAUAGAACAACUUCCCGGCUAGAUGAACUGCGUGCGACGGAAUAUUCCUAUCUCGAUAAACAGGACCACGUAUAUCUGGAUUACACAGGAUCUGGGCUGGCUGCUUACGCGCAGCGCAGCGCGCACGAUGAGCGAUUGGCGAGCACUUUAUGUGGCAACCCACACUCGGCCAAUCCCACCAGCGAGGCGACGACCCAUCUCAUCGAGCAGGCGAGAGCGAAGAUCCUGGCGUACCUGCGAGCAUCACCAGACGAAUACGCGGUAAUCUUCACUCCCAACGCGACUAGUGCUGCGAGGUUGGUGGGCGAGGCUUACCCCUUCAGCAGAGGAACCAGACUAAUUCUCUCGACCGACAACCACAACUCUGUCAACGGGCUGAGAGAAUUUGCCCGCCGUUCCCACACUCGGGCUGUCUAUGUUCCUACCCAGCCCCCUGAGUUGCGAAUUGAUGCGGCUGUUCUCAAGAGAGCGCUCCGUCGUCGAAGUCCUUGGGCCACACUGUUCGGAUCAGGGACGGCUGGUCGACGGGGCCUCUUUGCGUAUCCAGCACAGAGCAAUUUCUCUGGGGUGCGGCAUCCCUUGUCAUGGGUUAGACUGGCGCAGAAGCAAGGCUACGAUGUACUGCUGGACGCGGCAGCUUACCUGCCAACUGGGAAUCUGGACCUGUCCAUUGUGCAGCCAGAGUUUCUCAUCGUGAGCUGGUACAAACUGUUUGGUUAUCCGACUGGAGUGGGCUGCUUGAUCGCCAAGCGCUCUGCGCUGGCGCGCAUGUCUCGUCCGUGGUUCUCUGGAGGCACAAUCAAAGCUGUCGCUGUAGGGGUCCAGUGGCACGAGAUGGCCUCCGACGAGAGCGCUUUCGAGGAUGGUACUCUCAACUUCCUCUCUAUUCCUGACGUUGCCUUUGGGCUAGACUGGCUGGCGAGGAUUGGCAUGCAUGUCAUUGCCACACGGGUACGGUGUCUGACAGGCUGGUUUCUAGACCGUCUAGGACGUUUAGAGCAUAGUAAUGGCACCCCGAUAGUUAGGAUCUAUGGUCCUAAAGACACAAAGUCACGGGGAGGCACGAUAGCCUUCAACUUCCUUGAUGCAGUAGGCGAAGUGGUUGAUGAACGACUCGUAGCUGCAGAGUCAGCUGCGGCGAGAAUAUCACUGCGCACCGGUUGUUUCUGCAACCCCGGAGUGGCCGAGAAUGCGUUGGACCUGCAUGUCUCCAACUUACGCCAACUGCGUCACUCGAAGACAGCUUCCCUCGACGAAAUAAUACACCUCAUGGGCCUCCCGUCUGGUGGUGCUAUUCGCGUAUCAUUUGGUCUCGUAUCGACUGCUGAAGAUGUGGACCGUUUCUUUGCUUUUGCUAUAAAGACCUACCGAGACCGCGUGACCACUCCUGCAGGCCUCCCACCUCGGGACCGUUGCUGAGAUGUCAGUUAGGACGAGGUUGUCUCUCGAAUAGAGAGUUCGCAAGGGCGAUAAAGGGGCUAGAUGGCAUCGGAAAUUUUAGGGAUUGCGGUUGCUAGGAAUAGAGGAGUAACAAGCAGUCGUUCCAUGUAUUACGGCAGAUACGAAAAUAUGGCUCUUUUACAUACGGGGCUGGUUUGAAGUCUAGAAGAAUUAGAUCUUCU